UGCGCACAUCAAUUGUGCGCAUGCGUAGUAGUGUGCUGUUGAACUGCCUGUUUACAGUCGGCGAAUGGUUAAAAUAAUAACACUACGAUACGGACCCAUGGGUUAAGAUGAUCAGAAAGACAGGUGGAGACAGCCUGAAUUUGGGAAUAACAUGAAUCAGCGGUGUCGGUGACGCGGUCUCCGAGGUUAAGGCAACUUUGAUCGGCAGGAAUCUUUUGAGACCGUUUAGAACGUUUUCAUACAUUGUUUUUGUUUUUCCAUGCGUGCCUGUAAUCAACGGCUUGUCCUUUAUCUGUCAUUUAAUAUCUCGUUUUAGUCUAAAACUCAUCAUUAAUCCCCCUACGGUGACCGGAGGAUGGGCUGGCCACAACGGGCGACAGGAAACGGUAGACGCCGCCGGUGUUGUACCGCUUACAAAGCUUUGACAGGGAAAACACUUUCUCCAUAGGGAUGCGAAACUAGGUUAUUGCAAAGGGUUAUUAACAUACUUAUUAAUAACCGACAUUAAUUUUAAAGAUAUUAAAUAUGGGCAAUGUGUGUGUAUUAAUCAGGUUUCCAUUUUGUAAUAUCUGGCUUUGUGAAAGCGAGAUAACAACUAGAGCACUUGACAGCCGGAGAAAAGGACCCGUGUAAACAAGUGUUAUUUGCAUAGAAUCCAGGGUGUCAUGCCCUUUGAGUUGAGACGUGUUGCACACUCCGUUACGAGGACUGAACCAUUGCACGGAGUGCAGAGAUAGUGGUGGUCAGGCGACAUACUGAAGGCUCUUGUGUAUUUCGCAGGCUUUGGAUCAGUUCGAUUAUUGAUCAUUAAUUGCUGGUGGUGUCACACGCCUCACCCAUCGCAGGUAAGGUUUAAAUGGGAAACAAAGCGAUAUCAUUUCGCAAAAUUACUUUUUAAUCUAGUUGUUGACACUAAAUAAGCGGAAUAUAACUUUUGCACAUCGCGUUGCUAUUUAACAAAGGACUUUUACUUUCAAUUUGACUUAACUGGUAUUUUAAAGUCAAAGCUAUACAUUCACGCAUGCGUGGAUUUAGUGCUUAUGUGUUAGUCCGGUGCAAUCAUUCAUAGAGCCAACUAUCAAGGCGUCAAUCUAGUCAAAGAAAAAAAAAAUGCAUUUUGUGUGUUUAUCUUUGCUAUUUGUCUUUUUUAGUUGUAAAUUAGCAGAUAGUUGUUAGGCCUCUUGCUCAAGAAUGCCUACAUGUAGACUGCCGACAUGUGGUUUGAACCCACAACCUUUUGUCUGGGGGUCAAACACAUUAACAACUCUAAAUCGGCCUCAACUCUUCUCAACAUUUCAUUUGAACCGCAACAAAGUUGGAGGAAAACCGAUUUAAAGUAAAAACAGGCAUCAAAAUCCAUGGCUACGGCGAGGGUAGAGCAACCAGCACGGAGCCCCGGGGCGGAGCGAGCAACCCCGGGGGCCCUAGCCCAGGAUGGGGCCCUAGCCCAGGAUGGGGCCCUAGCCCAGGAUGGGGCCCGCGGCUGGGUGAUGGUCGGGGCCUUGUUCGUGUGCUCCACGCUGGUGUACGGGCUGAUCCGGAGCCUGGGGGCGUUCUUCGUGGAGUUUGUGCAGUACUUCCAGGAGAGUGCCCAGGCCAUCUCGUGGAUCACCUCCAUCGGCGUGGCAACACAGCAGCUCUGCAGUCCGCUGGGGACGGCGCUGUGCAACGCGUACGACGCCCAGCGCGUGGUGAUGGCGGGGGGCGUCCUGGCCAGCCUGGGCCUCAUCCUGGCCUCGCAGGCCCGCUCGCUGCCCCACCUCUACCUCACCAUGGGCCUCACCUCAGGCCUGGGCUGGUCCUUGGUCUUCACCCCCAUGGUGGCCACGGUCAUGGCCCACUUCACGCGCCGCCGCACCCUGGCCCUGGGCGUGGGCUUCACGGGCGUGGGCGUCUCCUCCUUCGUGUUCGCCCCGCUCUUCCAGUACAUGCUGGACAACUUCGGCUGGCGGGGCUCCCUGCUCAUCCUGGGGGGGCUCAGCCUGAACAUCGUGCCCUGCGGAGCACUCAUCCGCCCCACGCGCAAGAAGGCCCCCCCCCCCAAGGCUGGGGGCAAGGCGGACAACGGCGGCGGCGGCGGCGGUGGCGCCUCGGCGUUCCGGAGCCUCCUGCGGCGGGUGUACCGCUACCUGGAGCUGUCGCUGCUGGCGCACGGGCCCUUCCUCACCUACACGCUGGCCAUCACCUUCUUCAACGCGGGCUACUUCGUGCCCUACGUCCACCUGGUGGCGCACAGCCGGCAGGCGGGCUACUCGGAGUACCGCGCCGCCUUCGUCAUGUCGGCCACGGGCGCCGCCGACAUCGUGGGCCGGGUGGCGGCGGGCUGGCUGACGGACCUGGGCCGCGCCCGCCUCGUCCACAUGCUGACGGGCUGGACGGGGCUCACGGGCGUGUUCAUCGUGCUCAUGCCCCUGGCGUCGGUGGCGGGCUCCUACGGCCUGCUGCUGGGCUUCGGGCUGGGCUACGGCUUCUGCGCCGGCGCCCUGACCUCGCUGGUGUUCGCCGGCGUGCCCGAGAUCGUGGGCAUGGGCCGCAUGGUGGGAGCCCUGGGGCUGCUGUCCAUGCUGGAGAGCGUGGGGGGGCUGCUGGGCCCGCCGCUGGCAGGUUAUCUCCGGGACCGGACAGGAAGUUACAUCACCUCCCUGGUGGCGGCGGGCUGCUGCUUCCUCCUGGGCUCCCUGAUCCUAACCACCCUACCUCACUACUUCUCUUGGACCGGCCCGCCGCCCCCGCGACCGCCGGACGGCGACGGCCAGGAGGAGCGCCAGGACGCCGGGGCCGGCCUGCUGGGCAGCCCCGCGUCGGGCAGCACCAACGGGACGGCCAGCAAGGACUCGGACCACAGCCAGACCUGCCUGGCCUGAGGGUCGCGGCGGGGCCAAUGACUCAAACAGACAGCGGUCGCGUCAAGCGAAAGAAAAAUAACUGAAGGGGAGUAAACGCUGAGUGCAUAUCCAAUGUCGUCAGGCGACCAAUCAAAACGGUCUCGUCGGCAUCAUUACACUUCUGCUGCAGUCGAUCGUUAUCUUAUAAACAUGGCCCUUUCCUGUCAUGAUUUUCAGCGCUCAACGAGCCAGUGCUCGUGUCUCUGUCUGAUUGUGUCCUAUAACCCCACGACGCGGACGGUGACCGGCAGGCCAAAACUUAAUGAAGUGUGUGUGUGUGUCUGUGUCUGUGUGUGUGUGAGAGAGAGAGAGAGAUCUCAGGGUUGUUUUCCAGUAACUAGCCAUCGGCUGAACAUAUUGAAUGAAGACACUUCGGUGGCGCUCUGCUUCUGUGACUAAUAGCUUUUUACUGCAUCAAGGAAGCGUUUUUUACAUCCACACUUGUUUUGUACUGAGUUUGUUGUAAAGGUUUUGAGUAAAGCAAGAAGAAAUCCGAUUCACACACAAAACAUUCAUAUUUUCUUAGUGGAUUACAAAAUUCACAACUUCACUCCUCUACUGUUUGAGUACUUGUUGACAGGAGCACUGUGCAAUCAAUCUGUAUGCUAUAGGAAUUUUCUACAGCAAAUAAAGUAUGCUCGUUUCACACCGAUGUGCAACACGAA